GUGAAACAGGAAGUGGUCGAAAAUAAUUGAAUACGUCAAUCAAUCCUAAUUUAUGUCACAUACUAACAUACCAAAUCUCGUAUUUUUAUCUAAAAAAAUAAAAAAAGUUAUAGGCGUGAGCCACUUUUUAGAGGCAACCGGUAUUCUCAUACCAUAAACCAAAUCAAGCCAAUUUCAUAUAUGGUCACAGAUAACAUAUACCAUGUUAUGUUACAUGUGUGAUAUGGCGUAAGUUUUUGAAAUCUUUGAAAUAAAAAAGCAAUUAACAUGACAAAGUAACAAAAUUUCCCCAUUAAAAUUUUGAAUGCAAUAAUAAACCAAAAAAUAUAUAAGUGAAAGUUAGAACACCAUAAAGUUUACAGAAUACAAGAUAAAUAUUAAAAAAUACUUUUUUUAUGUAGCAUAAUAUGUUCAUAAAAGUCCUGAAAUAUAUACAAAACCAACUUUCCUUGGUAAUUUAAAAAGAAACACACCCCAGUUGAACAAAAAAUCAGGCCAUAAUACAACCAAAACAUUUUUUAAAAUGUUUAUUUUGACAGGGUUUCGCUCUUGCCAAAAAUUUUCAGAUUUAUUUAUACUCGGGUGCAUUGGCGUCAGAGAUGAGAUAUUUUUAAGUAAAUUUAAUGUAAUAUUAAAGAUAUUUUUAUAGGCACGUACGUUCAACGCUUCUUGUUGUAUUUUCAGUGUUUUUAUUUCUGUCGAUUAAGAUAUUUUCGGUUCAUUGUUAUUGUCAAUAGAGAAUAUUAUGACUGCUUUGUUAGGGAGUAAUUUUUGUACGUUUAUAUUAGAUGGUGUCCUUUGGUUUUCGAGGUUCUUUUAACCAUCAGGAUGGAAAUAUUGCAAGAAAUCCAUAAUGUGGAGCAAUACUUUAUUAAAUUACAUAAUAUCUAUGGAUUCGCUUCACAGGUCAGUUUUUUCAUUCUUUGUGAACAAUUACUAGACAACUCAGUUCAUCCCCAACUGAAAGGUGACAAGAAUGUAGUGAUGGCUCUUACAACAGUACUAUUUUACUCAGUUCUUGGGUAUUUUGCUACGAGAGUACGGGAUAUCUGUCUAGGAAACCGAACUAGAACAGUUCCCAGAACACCAUCAUUUAUGACAUAUACCAAAUGGAUAUGCAGAAUUAUUUUGGAAUGGAUAAAAGCUCUCAUUGUUGUUUUGUGUUUAAGAGAACAAGGCAUACAAUACGAACCAAAGCUUAUCUACAGCAUAAUAACUUUUGUUUAUUAUUUAUUAACUGAAAGAAUUUUUAUUGAAGUAUUUCCAAAAAUUGUUGAAGCUCUAAAUAUUAGAAAACUUGACAAUUUAGAAUACCUAUACAUACCGUUCUACAUGAAUGUUUUAGCUGUAUUAGCUGGACUAUCCGCAUCUAUGUUCAACUUGUACUUGAAUUAUUCCCCACUUAUUUUUUUGGCACUUUACUUUAUGGUGUACUUAAGAAUAAAAGAUGCAUAUUAUAAUUACUGGGAAAUAUUGGUAGCCGAGAAAGAAGCCUAUUCAAGUUUUCAAAUAGCAACUCAAAGGGAGAUUGAAGAUUGGGAUGAUAUUUGUGCCGUAUGUCUAAGUAAUAUGUCUAGAGCAAGAAUAACCCCUUGCAAUCAUCUGUUCCAUCCGUACUGUUUGAAACAAUGUUUGAGAACGUCCUUUUUGUGCCCCCUAUGUAAACAACAUUUUCUAGAAAACAUGGCAAAUAAAUAAUCGAACGAUU